GCAGGGACUGGCUGCCAGCCCUUCUGGCUAUGGGCCCCUCACAGAGCUUCCUGACUGGACUUUCGCCGAUGGCCGUCCUGCUCCCCCAAUGAAGGGCCAACUUCGAAGACAAGCUCAGCGGGAGAAGCUUGCAAGACGAGUUGUACUGCUGACACAAGAAAUGGAUGCUGGAUUACAGGCGUGGAAGCUCAGGCAGCAGAAGUUGGAAGAAGAAAGGAAGCAGGAAAAUGUUCUUAAACCCAAAGGGAUUUCACUGAGCCCACUUCCACAUCAAUAAAAAGCAGCUCCGUUCCCACCUUCCCA